UAAACACUUUACACACACGCUUUUUGUUCUCUCUUUCUCUCUAACAGAAUUCUUUUAAAAACAAUUCAAGAAGGAAUCGACGCAGCCUUUCCCUUUGAAUUUUCUUGUACAUGUAUAUAAAAAACACCAGAGAUUCAUCAACAGAGAAAGAAAGUGUUUGUGUGAGAGAGAUACGGUAUCGUUUUGGUGUCUUCCUCCUCCUCCUGCUGUUGCUUUGGGUGUGAAUUAUGGAUAUUGGACCGGAGUCGUCAUCACCGUCGUCGCCGUCGCCGGAGACUGGGGUAGUGGGUGGUGGAGUUGUUAUUGAUUUUCCUGUGAGUGAUAAGGUAUCGUUCUCGUCUCCGAGGAGAAUACCGAAGAACCUGCAAAAAAGACUAUUGGAAGCGAAGACUCCUACAACUAGUAGUGUUGAAGAAAUCGAAGCUAAACUUCGACACGCUCAUCUCCGUCGACAGCAAUUCUAUGAGAAGUUGUCAAGCAAGGCUAGACCAAAGCCAAGAAGCCCCUCACAAUGUUCAUCUCAUGAAGAAGACCUUGCCCAACGCCUUGAAGCAAAGCUUCAUGCCGCGGAGCAAAAAAGGUUAAGCAUCCUGGAAAAAGCUCAGAUGCGCUUGGCUAGGUUGGAUGAGUUGCGGCAGGCGGCUAAAACUGGGGUGGAGAUGCGUUUUGAGAGAGAAAGGGAGAGGCUUGGAACAAAAGUGGAGUUACGGGUUCAGCAGGCUGAAGCAAAUAGAAUGCUCAUGCUCAAGGCAUACAGACAAAGAAGGGCCACGCUUAAGGAGAGAACAUCCCAAUCAUUGUCACGAAGAAUGGCUCGGGAAAGUAAGUACAAGGAGCGUGUACGUGCUGCAAUUAACCAAAAACGUGCAGCCGCUGAAAAGAAGCGUAUGGGAUUGCUGGAAGCUGAAAAGAGGAGGGCAUGUGCUAGGGUGUUGCAAGUUCAGCGAGUAGCCAGGUCUGUCUCUCACCAACGUGAGAUUGAGAGGAGGAGAAUGAGGGACAAGCUGGAAGAUCGACUGCAAAGGGCAAAGAGACAAAGAGCAGAAUAUUUGAGGCAGAGAGGACGGCAGCAUAGCUCUGUUCGAGUGAACUGGAAUAAGAUGCACAAGCAGGCUGAUCUCCUUUCUAGAAAAUUAGCAAGGUGCUGGAGGCAGUUCCUGAGGUCAAGGAGGACUACCAUAGACCUGGCAAAAGACUAUGAUGCCCUGAAAAUCAAUGAAAACUGUGUGAAGUCGAUGCCAUUUGAACAGCUUGCUCGUCUGAUUGAAUCAACAGGUACUCUUCAGACUGUGAAGGCUCUACUUGAUCGUGUGGAGAGCCGCUUUAGAGUCUCCAUGGCUGUUGCUACUAUGGAUCAUCCCUCCAGCUUGGAAAACAUUGAUCACCUUCUCAAAAGAGUUGCCACCCCUAAGAAAAGGAGGACUACUCCUAGGUCCUCUAUGAGGAGCAGAGAGGCAAAACGAGUAGGUACCACCAGGGAGUCUGCCAGAAGUGCUGCUACAUUGUCAAGGUAUCCAGUGAGAAUUGUUCUUUGUGCCUACAUGAUUUUAGGACAUCCAGAUGCUGUUUUCAGUGGUCAAGGGCAGCGUGAGAUUGCUCUGGCCAAGUCUGCUGAAGAUUUCAUUCGAGAGUUUGAGUUGUUGAUAAGGAUUAUACUGGAUGGGCCCAUGCACAGUUCUGAUGAGGAUUCUGAGUCCAUGUCACCAAAACGUUGUACGUUCAGGUCUCAACUUGCAGCUUUUGAUAAAGAAUGGUGCUCCUACUUGAAUUGCUUUGUGGUGUGGAAGGUUAAGGAUGCUCAGUCAUUGGAGGAGGACUUGGUGAGAGCUGCGUGCCAGCUUGAACUCUCUAUGAUCCAAAAAUGCAAGCUCACCCUAGAAGGGAGUACUGAUGCUCUUACUCAUGAUAUGAAAGCCAUUCAGAAACAGGUUACAGAAGAUCAAAAACUAUUAAGGGAAAAGGUUCAACACCUGAGUGGAGAUGCUGGUAUUGAGCGUAUGGAAAUUGCACUAUCUGAAACACGAUCUAGGUACUUUCAAGCUAAGGAAAAUGGAAGUCCAGUAGGGUCUCCAAUCAUACACUUUCUAUCUCCUAGCAUGCCCCCAUCUUCUCCUUCUGCUACUGGCUCGACUAAUAGAAAUAAUAUGAGUGAUGGUAUUGAGAGGCCAAGCCGUGUAGUUCGCUCCUUAUUCAGAGAAGAUACCUCCUCAGCAAAAGAACCUGCUUCCUCUGCAACCAGCAGCAGCCACUUCGAUGGCCAGUCAGGUUCUGCUGUUGGGAAACCAACAACAGAGAAUGAAUUGAUCAUAAAUGAAUUUCUCCAUGAGCAACGCCAUGGUUUUAUGGAUAGGUUCAAUCUUGCUGACAAAGAUGAAAACAGCCUCAAGGAAAAGGUGAGAGAGACAAUGGAGGCAGCUUUCUGGGAUAGUGUUCUGGAAUCCAUGAAACAGGAUGAGCCCAAGUAUGAGUGGGUAGUUCAGCUUGUGGGGGAGGUGAGGGAUGAAAUUCAGGAGCUGGCUCCUGAGAGCUGGAAACAAGAGAUUGUUGAAAGUAUCGAUCCAGAUCUUCUUGCUCAGGUUCUAAGGUCAGGUAACCUGGACGUUGGUUACUGUGGGAAAAUUCUAGAGUUCGCAUUAGUUACUUUGCAGAAACUCUCCUCUCCAGCCCAUGAGGAUGAAAUGAAGGCCCUGCAUCAGAAAAUGUUAAAAGAGUUGGCUCAGACUCGUCAAACCGAAGAUGAAUCAAAGUAUUCACAUAUUGCCACAAUGAUCAAAGGUCUGCGCUUUGUGCUGCAGCAGAUACAGGCUCUUAAGCAAGAGAUUAGUAAAGCACGCAUAAGAAUGAUGGAGCCUUUGUUAACAGGUCCUGCUGCAUUGGAUUAUCUUAGGAAAGCUUUUGCCAACCAUUAUGGGUCUGAUUCGGAUGCCUGUAACUCUCUACCACUGACAAUGCAGUGGCUUUCAUCUGUAAAGAGUAGUGAAGAUCAAGAGUGGGAAGAACACAAGAAUUCUCUCUUGGCUUUGAAGAGCCAUGACAGUUCAUCACGGGUUUUUGUACCUCUCACCUCCCUUAGAACUGGUGGAAGCUUUCUGGUCAAAACAAAUGAAAGUGUAAUUGCUUCUUCUGUUGCUUCUGAGACAGAUAACCAACAACCAGAACCGGAAUGCACUGGUGAAAGAGUUGAUUUGUUGGUGAGGCUAGGAUUGUUGAAGUUAGUGAGUGGAGUUUCUGGUCUAACAAAAGAAGCUCUGCCUGAAACUUUUAUGCUAAACCUGUUACGGUUGAGGGCUGUGCAGGCUCAAAUUCAGAAAAUCAUUGUAAUUUCUACCAGCAUUCUGGUUUGCCGGCAAACACUCCUAAUGGAGCAAGCAGUAACCAGCAGUGCAGAAAUGGAAAGCAUUCUGUUAGAGUGCAGCAAUAAACUGUCGGAAGUCCUGGACCGUGUUGAUGACGCUGGUAUUGAAGAAAUAGUUGAAGUAGUUAGUGGGUUGUUGCAAGGUGAUGACAAGGUAGUUGAUGAGGAGAAGCUUAAGCCAAGAAAGAUAGUCAUGGCUAGGAUGCUAGCAAAGAGCUUGCAGGCUGGGGAUCCGAUUUUUGAAAAAGUUUCCCGUGCUGUCUAUUUGGCUCUAAGAGGAAUUGUGCUUGGGGGCAGUGGACUCUGGGGAAGAAAAUUAGUAGAAAUGGCACUCAGGCAGAUUGGAGCUGUCAUGCUGACUAAAAGAGUGGUGGCAGCUGCUGAAGUAUUAGUGGUGGCAGCCACCGUAUCCACUGGCAUUCACAGGCCAUGGUAUGUAAAUCUGACUGAUAACCUGUGAUAUAUUUGUGCAUGCCGUAAGAAGAGAAUAAAUAAAUACAUGCACACUGUACAGAGAAAUGCGUGUAAAGCUUAUGAUUAAUUGCAGUCGUAGAUGCCUGUAGAUCGUUGUAAUUUGAGAAUUCUUUGAUUUAAUGGGAACAAGAAGCUGUAAAUAAUAUUUAAGAUGAUAUCAAAGAUCUGCAUGGGAAAGGUAUGCUUAGGA